AUGAUGGAAGGCGUCGAUCUCGACCGCUGGUUCGGAAGCGUUCCACAUCUGACAGCGGCUCCCGCGGUCACUCCCCCACUGGCAGUGGACCAGCCUCGAAACGGCCUCGGCCUACCGCCUUCGCUGAGUCCCUGGUGGGUCAUACCUCGACUGCACAGCCCACAGGAACCCACGACUCUGCCGAACAGCACCACCUAUGAGGCUGCCCUUAAGUGUACCGGAACAUCGCUGAGCAGCUUGUCGCCAUUCAACGACAACGACAGCGAGGAGCACAGUUGCUGCAUGGAUGCUGAGCCGUCGGAUAAGAAUUACAGAGCACCCUCGGUUGUGACUUACGAAGGCAUGUUGAUGCCGCGUUCUGUGGCUGAAGAGAUGCAGCGAGCAGCAGUUGAUGGAGAUAGCCUUCGCUUGUCUGACGGCUCUUCGAGCGCAGGCGCGAGAUCGACGCCUCCUAGCCGCCUUGGGGGCGUCGAGGAUGUUGUUCAGUCCGUUCUGGAUGCGCUGAGGCAUGUCCAAGCCCAUGGGCAGGGCUCGUCUUGCACCACCACUACUGUCACCAUCACGACAGCGUCUGGCGACAGUGUCAAGACGACUACUACGACGAUCACUGCGCGGGUGCCUGCAGCAGAAUCCGACUGA